GGGCGGCCCCAGCCCGCCCCGCCCCGCCCCGCCGCCUAUUGGCCCCGCGCCGCUAUAUCUGGGCGCCCACCCGGCCCGAGGCCACCGCCGUCUCCACCGCCGUCCGCCCUGCCCUCCGCGCCCGGCUCCCGAAGUGCCCGCUCUCCCACCCUCCGCGCUCCCGCGCUCCGUUCCGCCCAGGCCGCGCCCAGCUGGAAUGCAGAGAUCGCCGCCCGGCUACGGCGCACAGGACGACCCGCCAGCCCGCCGCGACUGUGCAUGGGCCCCGGGACCCGGGGCCGCCGCUGAGCCGCGCGGCCUCCCCGCCGCCCCCGCCGCCCUCGCCGCGCCCGCCGCUCCCGCCUCGCCGCCCAGCCCGCAGCGCAGCCCGACGCGAAGCCCCGAGCCGGGGCGCUAUGGCCUCAGCCCGGCCGGCCGCGGGGAGCGCCAGGCUGCCGACGAGUCGCGCAUCCGGCGGCCCAUGAACGCCUUCAUGGUGUGGGCGAAGGACGAGCGCAAGCGGCUGGCGCAGCAGAACCCGGACCUCCACAACGCGGUGCUCAGCAAGAUGCUGGGCAAGGCGUGGAAGGAGCUGAGCGCGGCGGAGAAGCGGCCCUUCGUGGAGGAGGCGGAGCGGCUGCGCGUGCAGCACCUGCGGGACCACCCCAACUACAAGUAUCGGCCGCGCCGCAAGAAGCAGGCGCGCAAGGCCCGGCGGCUGGAGCCCGGCCUCCUGCUCCCGGGCCUGGCGCCCCCCCCUCCGCCGCCGCCGCCGCCGCCGCCGCCCCCCCCCGAGCCCUUCUCCGCGGCGCCCGGCGCGGCCCGUGCCUUCCGCGAGCUGCCCCCGCUGGGCGCCGAGUUCGACGGCCUGGGGCUGCCCACGCCCGAGCGCUCGCCGCUGGACGGCCUGGAGCCCGGCGAGGCCGCCUUCUUCCCGCCGCCCGCGGCGCCCGAGGACUGCGCGCUCCGAGCCUUCCGCGCGCCCUACGCGCCCGCCGAGCUGCCCCGGGACCCCGGCGGCGGCUACGGGGCGCCCGCGGCCGAGGCGCUCAGGACCGCGCCCGCUCCCGCCGCGCCGCUCGCCGGCCUCUACUACGGCGCCCUGGCCGCGCCCGCAGCCGGCCCGUUCCCCGGCCCGCUGUCGCCGCCCCCCGAGGCCCCCCCGCCCGAGGGCGCCGAGACGCUGGGGCCCAGCGCCGACCUGUGGGCCGACGUGGACCUCACCGAGUUCGACCAGUACCUCAACUGCGGCCGGACUCGGCCCGACGCCGCCGGGCUCCCGUACCACGUGGCGCUGGCCAAGCUGGGCCCGCGCGCCAUGUCCUGCCCCGAGGAGAGCAGCCUGAUCGCCGCGCUGUCCGACGCCAGCAGCGCCGUCUACUACAGCGCCUGCAUCUCGGGUUGAGCGGCCGCCGCCGCCGCCGCCGCGCGUGCCCGCCCGGCAUCUCUCCAGGGCGCGCGCGUUUCGGCUACUCCCGGGCGCCCUGCGAGGGUGCCUCCCACGUGCCCUGGGGCGUUUCCCGGAAUCCCAGGCCUGGGACCUGUUGGCUGGCCCUGCUAGGGUUAACUCUUUGAAGCGUCUAAUGCUUUCCUUGCAGUGUAUUUUCUAGAAUCAGGCUGUAUUUUUCGCUUUGCCUUUUUUAUACACGUAAUACAACAUAUUUAAUUUUUAAUUAAACUUUUAAACUUUUUCUUCCAACGGGUUUCACUGACCAAAAGCACCAAUGUAGCGAUAUGAGGAAUACCAGUAUUUGUUUGCUUUAAAGGAGGAGCAGGAUCUGCACCCCCCACCCCCACCCCACCCCGGGCCAGGCGAGGCCACAAUAAAGUGACUCGCUCUUUCCUCUGCA